AUGUCGGGUCGAUUUCCAUGGUUGAAGGUCACUGCAGCGAUAGGCGGAUGCCUCGGAGUCGGGUAUGUGCUUAUGAGAGUUGUGACUCCGACACCGGAACAACUCUAUGAGAAAAUGUCGCCUGCAGUGCGGAGAAAGGUGGACGAGUCCCGCAUGCAGCGCUUGGCGGCUGAAAACGCGGCACGGCAGCAAGCUUCUAUCCAGGCUCAGGCAACUACGUCAGAUCCGGGCGCGUCUAAGGCCACCUCGGAAGAGCAACGUAAAUAA